AUGUCGGCUAUUCACGAUUUUCGCCCAGUGCGCACAACCCUGAACUUUAUCAAGGUGAAGGGAGAUGGCUCGGAUGAUCUCGUGUCGUACAUGGACAAGCCCGAGACGCAGGUGAAGCCUUUCGACACCAGGAAGGUGACGGUCCACGAUGUCAGCGGUCGUGAAGAGCACUUCACACUGGAGCGGCAUGGCUUCCAGUGGUUCCAUCACGCUUCGUCGUUCAAGGACUUUGACGACGAGCGCUUGAUCAAGGAGGUUUACUAUCCAGAAACAGAGGAGCUGUUGCGCGAUUUACUAGGUGUGAAGCGGGUGAUUGCGGCGAACCAUAUGGUCCGGCGUGGUGACCGUGUCGAUCAUCCGGCAAAGCCCUGUCACAAGGUACACUUCGACUCUUCCAUAUCAUACGCCCACCAGCUCCUUCACGACUUCUUCCCAGGCGAGGCCGACGAGCUCAUGAAACACCGCGUCGUCAUGGUCAACGCCUGGAGGCCUCUGGCGCCCGUCUUGCGGGAUCCUCUAUGCAUCGGCGAGGCCCACAGCGUGCCCCCCGAGGACGAGGUCACGAUCAGCAUCCGCCACAGCACGGACGAGACCAUCCCCAAGAUGGAGACCAACGAGGUCCGGUACGGCGAGGGGCACAAGUGGUUCUACAAAUCGGGCAUGACGCCCGACGACGUCCUGGUCUUCAAGACCUUUGACAGCAAGACAGACGGCAGGGCUAGACGGGUGGCGCACUCUGCUUUUCAAGAGACUCCCUCGGCCGCUGAUGGGUUGCCCGGAAGACAAAGCAUUGAGCUGCGGGCGUUUGUAUUUUACGAAAACGAGACGUGGGACUGA